AUGGAACUAAAAGGAGCAUCAUCAUGUCAAACACCAAUGAUAACAGAGCCCUCACUUAUGACAAGUAAUAGUUUCGAUGAAACAAAUUUAAGCGAAGCUGCAAGAAUUUCUUCUAAUAAUCCAGAAGAAAAACCAAUGUGGUGUCCAUCGUUUGAUUUAUCUUCUUCAUUGACAUAUGAAUGGGUACAAAUUAAUUUUGGAAAUUUAACUUAUUUAACAAAACUUGAAAUAAAAUAUCGUUCUCUAAAUGAUAAUCAACCAUUGAUUAACCAUUAUCAUUUAUCAUCUUAUCGUCUUGAAUAUACUCGUGAUAAAUAUGUAACAUUGAAUACAACAUGGAAAAAAUAUCAUUCAAAAAUAAAACAUCAAAAUCAUGAUUCAAAUACAACAAUAACAUCUUUUGAUCCUCCGAUUAUUGCAACAAAUAUUCGACUUAUACCUGAUAGUCAAUCUGUGUGUUUAAAAUUAGAAUUAUUUGGAUGUCCAUUUACCGAUGGAGUUGUUUCUUAUAGUAUGCCACAAGGUGUAACAACAAAUUUAUUAUUAGAAGAUGAAACUUAUGAUGGACAAUACGAUGUUGAUAGAAAAUAUCUUUCUGGUGGUCUAGGUCAAUUAUCAGAUGGUCAAACAGGUGCUGAUAAUUAUCGUGAAAAUCGUGGUUAUAAAUGGGUUGGUUGGCAUGAUAAUCAUAUUGAUAAAAAACCAAUAUCAGUCAUAUUUAAUUUUGAUUAUAUACGAAAUUUUAGUCGUUUAACAAUUCAUACUAAUAAUUACUAUACAAAAGGCAUUUAUGUAUUUCGUUCAGCUGUCAUAAAAUUUAGUCGUUCGGAACAAGAUUAUAAAAAUGUUUCAUCUAUUUUCUAUGAUCAUCAACGUGAUGAAAAUUUUGAUUUAGCUCGACCAGUAAUGAUUGAUUUAAAAUAUCAUGUUGGAUCAAGUAUUCAAUUAGAUCUUUAUUUUGAUGGUAAUUGGUUAUUAAUUAGUGAAGUAACAUUUGAUUCAUUUAUUGUUGAUAAUAUUGAACGAAUUAUAUCGACGACUCCAAUAUCAACAUUAAAAUUAAAUCGUACACGUAAACGACCUCUAUCAAAAUCAUUUGAAGAGACCAAUAUUAAAUCAAUGUUUAAAAAUAAAUAUUUAUUUGAUUACGAUGAACUAUUGACAACAAUAUCUCCUACCAUAAUACGUUCUGGUCGUCCACUAUUGACAAAUAUUUGGGUUUAUCUUAUUGUUUGUUUAUCAGCUGUUAGUAUUUUAUUGAUAAUGGGUGCGAUUAUACUAUUAUUUCGGCGAACAAGGACAUCACAAUCUUCUACAUCAUCUAAAAAACAUUUGACAUCGUCCAGUUGGAUACAUCAUUCUUCUCAACGUCAUUACUUUCAACCAAUAUCAUCAUCAUCUCUCUCACAUCCUACAACUACUACAACAACAAAUUCUUCGACAAGUGAAGAUAUUGAAACUGUACAUGAACAACAUCAUGGUCAUACCUAUGGUUAUGCAACAAUUAAAGGGGAUCAACACGAUUAUACACCACCCGUAUUUUAUACAACUUAUGGUACAACAUCGCAUCAACAUCUCUAUUGUUCAUCAUGUUAUUCACCUUCUAAAACAAUGACACCAAUAAAAAUGGUUUUACCAAUAAAUCAUGAACAGUCUCCACAUAUCCAAGGUGUUUGUGGUAACAGUCAGUAUUACACACAACGUUUACUCGGAUUUGAUUUAGCUCGAGCACAAUUUAUUCCAAGUAGCUCAGUUGAACUUAAACAAAAACUUGGUUCUGGACAAUUUGGAGGAGAAAUUUAUCAAGGUGAAUUACAACUUCAACGUUCGGAAAAUACGACUGUUCCAGUAGUAAUACGUCGACUUAAUUCGAGUGUAUCUAUGCCAGCGCGUGUGUCAUUUUUCAAUGAAAUUAGUCUUCUAACAUCGUUAUGUCAUUUGAAUAUUUUACACUCAUAUGGUUUCUGUAGUGAACCAGUGUCGUUAAUUACAGAAUAUAUUGAUACUGUUGAUUUGUAUCAAUAUCUUCGAUAUUAUCGUAAUAAAUUACAAUCUGUUGAUCAAAAUGUAUCAAAUUUAUAUUCUACCGUUUAUUAUUUUGGACGACAAAUAACAUCAGCAUUAAACUAUUUAGAAUCAUUUCAUGUUGUUCAUCGAGAUUUAGCAGCAAGAAACUGUCUAGUUUGUUUAAAUUUAACAAUAAAACUACAAGAUUUAGCCAUGUGUAAAGAAACAUACAAAGACGAUUAUUAUCCUGUAGAAAUUGGUGAACAGACAUCAUUGAGACCAAUACGAUGGUGUGCUUGGGAAACCAUUUGUUAUAAUCAUUUCUCAUCCAAAUCAGAUGUGUAUUCUUUUGGUGUUUUACUAUGGGAAAUAUUAACUACGGCCGAAGAACGUCCACAUGCUCUAUUAGAUGAUGAACAAGUACUAACAAAUUUAAAAUUAUUAAAUUCAUCAUCGCCCACAUCUAAUAUUGAUAUACUAUUAAAUAAUGACAUUAAAUCAUCUAAUUCAAAUUUUAAUUUAUCGUUACCGAAUACUUGUCCAUUAGAAUUAUUUAAACUAAUUCAUUCAUGUUGGAAUAAAUUUGACUAUAAUCGUCCGACAUUUCGAGAAAUAGACUACUUUUUUCAACAAACAACACAUUCAUCGUCGCUACUACAACAACAACAACAACAGCAAAAAAUUGUAAAUGAUAAUAAUAAUGGUACUAGUAAAAUAGAAUUAAUAUAA